AUGCGCGCCGUCACUGCCCCAUCCUAUCCCUCUGGUACUGCACCACCCGCUCGCUCCACCGCCGCCCUCGCCUCAUUGUGCGCCUCCAAGAAAUCUCUCGUCGAGGUUCAGUUGCGGGAAGAGAGAGAGGAAGGAGUUGCGGGAAGAGAGAGAGGAAGGAGUUGCAGAUUCGCGGCGCGGGGAAGUAGAAGGGUUCGCGAAAUUGGAACCCUAAAUAAACUCUAUGGCUUCAGUUCCUCUAACAACCGAAGCCAUAUACCCCUUUUUGGCACCGGGUCUUUCCCCCUACCAGUUUUUACCGGUGAAAAUUUUGACAUUUGGAAACUCAAACUAAAGACAUAUUUUAUCUCACAAAAAUUGUGGGAUAUUGUUCAAUCUGGUUAUACAAAACCAGAUAAUAUUGAGACUCUAUCUGAGGAGGAACGGAAAAAGCUAGAAGAUUCUAAACAAAAGGAUGCCCAAGCAUUGUUUAUUCUUCAACAAGUUGUGGGAGAACAAGUUGUGGGAGAAACUAUCGCCAGGAGGAUCAUGGAUGCAGAAACUGCAAAAAGGGCAUGGGAUAUUUUAGAAGAAGAAUUUGAAGGCAAUGAACAGGAAAAGAGAGUGGUAGAAAAAAUUCUUAUCACUCUCACAGAGAAAUAUGAUUCCAUAGUAGCUUCCAUAGAAACUUCCUUGGAUCCAUCUUCUCUAUCGAUAAGUAAAUUAGUUGGUCUCCUUGGAGCGCAUGAAGCAAGAUUAAGUAAUCGUGCUGAUACAAAUUCAGUCGAAAAUGCCUUCCAAUCAAAGCUCAAAUUACAACCCAAAAAGAGAGAAGAAGGAGAAAAGAAAAAUAUUGAAGAAUAUUCUAGAAGCAAAGAUUCUAGAAAUUUGUUUGGAAACAAGAAAGAUAAAUAUCCUCCGUGUGGCAUUUGCAAUAAGUCAAGUCAUGCAGAAAAAGACUAUUGGCAUCGUUGGAAGCCAAUAUGGCAUUAUUGCAAGAAGCCUGGACAUGUGGAGAAAUAUUGUCGUAAUAAAAAUAAGCAUCAAGAAAACUUUGCUGAAGAAUAUAAUCAAGAGCAACGCUUAUUUUAUGCCAAUCAAGAAUCUCCUAGCGGAAGAGAAAGUUGGUACUUGGAUAGUGGAUGCAGCAAUCACAUGGCCAAAGAUCAAAGCAUCUUCAAAUACAUUGAUAAAUCUGUCAAUGUCAAAGUUCAACUAGGAAACGGUGCCAUAGUGGAGUCUCAAGGCAAAGGAAAUGUCAUGGUGGAGAUAAAGAAAGGUACGAAAUUCAUCAAGGAUGUUUUACUAGUUCCCAAUCUUAAAGAAAAUCUUUUAAGUAUAGGCCAAAUGAUGGAGAAUGGACAAAGCAUGGAGAGCAAAAGACUUACUAGAAUUAAUCCACACCGAUGUUUGUGGCCCGAUGAGGAUGCCUUCACAUCACAACAACAGGCAAAGUCAAAAGUCUUUGGAAUAUUCAAGAAAUUCAAGGCCCUUGUCGAGAAGCAAAGUGGAAAACAGAUAAAAGUAUUAAGAAGUGAUCGUGGAAAGGAAUACACAUCUCGCGAGUUUGACAAAUUUUGUGAAGAUGAAAGCAUAAAGAGACAACUCACAGUCGCAUAUACUCCACAACAAAACUGUGUGUCAAAAAGAAAAAAUCGCACAGUCAUGGAGAUGGCAAGAUCAAUGCUAAAAGAGAAAGAUGUCCAACUAAGGCAGUCAAAGACAAGACUCCUAUUGAAGCUUGGAGUGGAAGAAAGCCAUAAGCCAAACACCUACGAGAGGCACAAACUUGAAGACAAGACUAUACGAGGAAUAUUCUUGGGUUAUAGUACACAAUCCAAAGAAUAUAGAGUCUAUAAUCUUCAAACAAAGAAGCUAACUAUCAGUAGAGACAUUGAAGUAGAUGAAAGCGCUACUUGGAACUGGGAAGAGGAACAAAUUGAAAGGAAGACAAUAUACAUGCCCAACAAUCAACCAACUACAAGCCAAGAAGAUAAUGAUCAAGAUACCAUUAUAACUCCAGAAUCUCCUGCAACUCCAACAUCAAUUCAAGAUCAAGAAGAAUCAUCGCCUGAAUCCACUCCGAGACGAAUCAGAUCUCUAACAAACAUCUAUGAAUCUUGCAACUUGGCCAUACUAGAGCCUGGAACCAUUGAAGAGGCCGCAAAACAAGAAGAAGGGGUCAAGGCAAUGAAAGAAGAGAUAAAGAUAAUAGAGAAAAACAACACUUUGGAGCUAGCAGACUAUCCAAAAGAUAAGGAUAUCAUCGGAGUUAAGUGGGUCUUCAAGACAAAGUUAAACCCUGAUGGUACCAUACACAAACACAAGGCAAGGUUGGUAGCUAAGGGUUAUUCACAACAACCUAGAGUAGACUACAAUGAGACAUUUGCUCCAGUUGCUCGACUAGACACAAUAAGAACUCUAAUAGCCCUUGCAGCACAAAAAGGAUGGAGCAUCUACCAAUUAGACUUCAAGUCUGCAUUCCUCAAUGGUGUUCUUGAAGAAGAGAUCUAUAUAGAGCAACCACCAGGAUUUGUGGUUAAAGGCCAAGAAGCCAAAGUGUUGAGAUUGAAGAAAGCUUUAUAUGGCCUGAAACAAGUUCCUCGUGCAUGGUACAUCAAUCGAUCAAUAUUUCACCAAUCCAGGAUUCAGGAGGAGCAAGAGUGA